AUGAGAAGGGAGAGAGAGAAAGAGAGAGAAAGAAAGAACGAAAGAAAGAAAGAAAGAACGAAAGAAAGAAAGAAAGAACGAAAGAAAGAAAGAAAGAACGAAAGAAAGAAGGAAGGAACGAGGGGGUGUGCAAACGAGGAGGGCAUCCUAACAGCGCAUCCACGCGCAAAGACGCAUCUCAGCCAGCUGAUGGUAUUCAGCGCCUUCCUCAUCGUUGGCAAGAUGUGUCGACGCCUUGGAGGAUUAUUUGUGUGUGUGUGUGUAUAUAUAUGUGUGUGUGUGUGUGUGUGUGUGUGUGUGAUCUCCCCAGCUGGAGGCGAGAUUCGGCGCCGACCGACUCGUCGGCUGGCGCGGUCUUCCCAAAUCAGAUACUCGUACCUCUUGCCAGCGGAGCACCGCCCCGGCCGGGACAAGCUCCAAGCAACUCUCCCGACACUGUGUGUGAAGAGCAAAGAAAGAUCGCGCGCGGGCCGUAUGUUAGGAUUCACCUUGUGUUGA